AAAGAAAAGUGAAUAAGUUACGUGAAAUACUCGAUAAAUUAAGCUAUAUUCAAUUGAAAGAUGUUUACCGUGGCUCAGUUUUUCGAAAAGCAACAGCUUCGUGUGCUUGCAGUUCCGGUUUCCUGGUUGCGCGAUGGGUUCCUAAUGUGGCCAAAACUCCCUUCCAACGAAAAACUGGAGAAGCUACGGACGGGAGGAGUUGAAUUCCAUGGCGCAACAAAGAAAAUUCCGGUCAUCUCAAGCCGGAAGUAUAAAAGUCUACAAGCGGCAGAAGCUGCAGCGGAAGAGCUGUUGAGGCAAGAUGUAUCGGACAUCGAUGCCAAACGGAAGCUACUAAAGCAUCGUAAAGACGAAGCAGCGAAACCUCGACCCCUCAAGAACUACAACAAAAUCAUUCAAGAAAUUUCAACAUCGAAGAAGGCAUUGCAGUUAACUUCAGAGCACCUGGCACAUCAGAAACAAGAUUCGGAAGAUCAAGCAGCUGGGCCGUCCCAUAUAUGGCAGCCGUCAGCUCGGAAAUGUGUUUCCCAGUCUUCUGGGUGUCAGAUCCAAGACCAACAUCUACAUGGACAAAAUAUUGGAGCAUGCAAAAAAGAGCUGUACGAGAGACCUGGCUACCAGACCGCAGCUGCUGGGAUUCGACACACACAGUUGACGUCUACCAAUCCCACGAUAUCAUUUGAAGCUUGUGAAUCCCCAACGGUUGAGCAAAGUUCUUUGACGAUCCCAAUUUCGGAACCUCAAGCUGGAACCUCCAACCCAAUUGCAAGCUACCAACUGAAUUCAUCACAAGUACUCCCAAAGCCACGUAUGAAGGUAGAUCAGUUGACAUGUUCAGCCUCAACAGCCAUGACGUCAGAGAAUCAGCAGGUCCAAUCAAUAUUCGUUUCUGAUGACAACGUCAUUUACAUCAAUACACCAUCAGAUGGUCCGGAAACUAUCAGAACUUCAGUUUCAGACAAUCAAGGGGGAUCGUUCCAAGAAGCAAAAGCAGCAAUAUUGUCACUGAAGUCUGAGAUGGUAGCGCUGGGUGCCACAGUAACCACAUUGAAAAAUGAUAUGACUGCCAUGAGAUCAGAAAUCGCCCACGUGAAAAAUGAUAUUGUCAGUUCUAUCACCGGAACGAUUCGUCAAGUGGUCGUGGAAUGCCUGGAGGAAAGCUUCCCUCGUUUCGCAACAAUCAUGGACAUGGACAGAAGAGACUCAAGUGCUGCACCGGAAGGAAAGUCGGUCGAAGAGCAUAACCACAUUAACGAUGAAGAAGAGUUGAUCAGUUUCAACAAGAUGCUGGCUAACAAGCAAGUGUUCGAAGACUAUGUCAAAUAUUUUACAAAAAUUAUUCCUCCUGCUGCAUAUUAUGAAAAAGGUGAUUCGGCAUGCUAUUUAAUAGUUGACUGUUUGUUCACGCGCACAUUCUGGAAUAGUUUUACAUGGACUGGCAUAAACCGAGGGAAUAAAUCGAAGCGUGGAUUUCGCGAGUUUGCCAAUGUUCUGCAGCUGCUUCUCGCAAUUGUGAGUGUUGGAGAUCCAACCUACAGCAGCUUGAAAUUGGAAUCUUUUUGCAAGAACCGCCUUUUCCGUUACUCCAAAGCCAGGUCAACCAGUAAGCAGCUGAGGAAGUCUACAUGCCGUAAAUCAAGGCUCAAGAGAAAUGACGUAAAUGAAGGUAAUGUGAACGCUGAUCCAGUUCAUGAUGGAGAUAACGAUGAUAGACCGCUCGAUGAUAUGACAACCGACACGACCGAUGAUGAAUCAAACGAGGAAUCGGAUUAUGAUGCUGAAAUGGAAUCACAAGUAGAAACUUUGAUGCAGUCCGACGAAGAUUUGUAGUAGAGGUUCUCAAUUUUUGAUAAGAUAUAUGAGUUUGUUUGAUUUGAUAACAAAAUAAUUAUUUAAUAUUAAUAACAAUGUUUUGAUUUUUAUUAUAUCCAGUAAUUUCAUGUACAUAUAGAAAAGCAA